AUGUCUUCGAAGUCCUCUCAGAAGACAUUCCGCGGCGAAGAUGAAGAGGAAGACGAAGAGAUGCUGAGAAGGGCUGCACUGAAGUCAAUGGCCGUAAGAGACAAAUCCAAAGCGACGGCUGAUGUCAAGAAGCGCACCAAUAAUGCCAUCAAAAGUAACAAUUACUUCAAGAAUAGUCACCGAAACAACGGAUCCAAGCAUUCAAAUCUGAUUGUUUUGACCAAAAACGAGCCACAAAUAGCUGAUAGUCAGACAACCAGUCAUUCAAAGAGUUUCACUAAAAUAGUGGACAAGACGUCGACGGAUGGGUCCAAAGGAGGGGAACACAAGGGAAGUGUCGGUCCCGAGAGGUUCAGUCGAUACGAACGCAACGAUUCCGACGAUGAGAGCGACGAAGACAGCGAUGAGUGCUGUGAAGACAAGCACUCGAUGACCACAACGACCACCACUAAUGAGAUAAACGAUAAGAACAUUACAAACGCUGACAUGAAUUGUGAGACAAUUGAUGAGACAAUUGUUUGCAAUGACAUCUCAAAGAGUGAUAAUAAUAAUGAAUUGAAUUGUGAUUCCAAUCGACAAACGAAUUAUAAUAAGGAAUUGUUCGACAAUUCAGACGUGACUUCUGGCAGAGAAGACAUCUGCGACAAGAAGGAGACAAAAGAAAGGAUCAAAUUGAGUGCGAGUAGUGAUGUGUCGAAGACGUCUGUAUUGGAGCGAAGGAAACAGAAGUUCGGUUCAUCCGUAUCCGUAACGGAGGACUCGCUGUCUGAAGACAAAAGCAGUGGAAACAGCGAUUUGUUUGAAAAUAAUAGUCCAAUGAAUGCAAACAGAGUUAGUGUUAAAAGUCGUUUGUCUGAUAAUUGCGGACAAAAGCAGAGGUUUUAUUCAAAGAAUUGUAGACAUAAUUCAAAUGAUAGUAUUAGUAGUAAUAAAGAGAUUGAAAGUCGUGUCAGACAUCACCCAAACGCACGACACGAGCGACAAAUGGACUCAAAUGACGACUUCAGAGAUUGUGAUAGUUCUUCGUCUAAGAAAAGGUUACGCUCUUUAGUGGUAAUGAAAUGA